UGAUAUAGCCAGCUAUCGCAUGAAAUAAAAUGGAGAACCAAAACAACGUGACAGAGUUUAUCCUUCUGGGACUCACAGAGAACCCAAAGAUGCAGAAAGUUGUAUUUGCUGUGUUUUUUCUUAUCUACAUCACUUCUAUAGCAGGAAAUGUGCUCAUUGUGGUCACCAUAAUUUCUACAUCAUUGUUAGAGUCUCCCAUGUACUUUUUCCUGGCCUAUCUGUCCUUUAUUGAUGCCUGUUAUUCCUCUGUUAGCACCCCUAAACUGAUAGUAGAUUCACUCUGUGAAAAGAAGACCAUCCUGUUCAAUGGAUGCAUGACUCAAAUCUUCGGGGAGCAUUUGUUUGGAGGUGCUGAGAUCAUCCUGCUAACUGUGAUGGCCUAUGACCGCUAUGUGGCCAUCUGCAAACCCCUUCAUUAUGCAACCAUUAUGAGUCGUCGACUAUGUAGCCUGUUAGUGGGAGUGUCGUGGUUGGGAGGUUUUCUUCAUGCCACCAUACAGAUCCUGUUCAUUUUCCAAUUACCCUUCUGUGGCCCUAAUGUCAUAGAUCACUUUAUGUGUGAUCUUAAUCCUUUGCUCAACCUUGUCUGCACUGAUACUCACACUCUUGGACUCUUUGUUGCUGCUAACAGCGGCUUUAUUUGUCUGCUAAACUUCCUCCUUCUGUUGGUCUCCUAUGUGGCCAUCCUACGCUCCCUAAAGAGCCACAGUGCAGAAGGAAGGCGGAAAGCCCUUUCUACCUGUAUUUCACACAUCACAGUGGUUGUCUUAUUCUUUGUGCCUUGCAUAUUUGUGUACAUGAGACCUGUAGCUACCUUAUCUAUUGAUAAAGCAGUUGCUAUGUUCUAUACUAUGAUAACUCCCAUGCUAAAUCCCUUAAUCUACACCUUGAGAAAUGCUCAGAUGAAAGAUGCCAUUAAGAAAUUGGGGAGCAAAAAAGUUCUUUCAAGUAAUGAAUGAACACACCUGGAGCACAGCAUGAAUUAAAUUGAAUCA